UGACACAACGGAGAACGGAAUGAUAACUGACAAGUGACAAACAAAAAAGGAGAGCCAAAGCCAAGGCCUGGUCUGACGAUUGACAUGCCUCAUCUUCACCUUACUCCUGGAAUUGGAUCUCUAAACCUCCGAAACGUUGCUGUUUUAUACUUCCUAUAGGUUCAAAUUGAUCCUAUCUAUGCUUACCCACCUGCCCAUCUUCAUCAAACUUUAUCCAAUCCAAUUCAAUCUCACUCACUAUCUCUCUCUUGAGUAAAAUGUGUCAAAGAAAAGGAGAGUGAUGGCGGCAGCAGAACUGAGAGCAGCAUGGCAGAGAACAGCUAAUCGGUGCUUUGUCCAAGAAGAUGCCAAAAGAGCUCCCAAGUUUGCUUGCUGCCAGUCAUCAUCUUCAGCAUUUAAACAGGUUGAUGCUGAACCUACCAAUGCAGUAGGUGGGCCAGAUCAUCCUGCCAUAGGUUUUAUGCCUCUUAAUAGGAAUCCUUCGUUUUCUAAACUACUCCCUGACACACGAUGGUACCAAAAGGAUGUAACAUAUGAACAGGUUAAUGAAUUGGAGGCAAAAGUGGAAAUCUUAAGAGGAGCUGGCACUGUAAAUUCAACAACUAAGUUUGAUGAGGUCCAGCAGCUAAAAGGAGACAUUGUUCAUGUUGAUGAUCACAAGAACUGUGAGUCUUCUCUUGAUAUGCAGUGUGGUUUCUCUGGUUCUUGUAUGAAAAAGGCCCCUGAAGCCAGAAAACAAGAGGUGAAGGCUCUGUAUAGUAAGAAAUCCGAGGAAUAUCUUGAACUAAUGGACAUGAGGGAGAAAUAUGAACUUAGGCAUUUGGACCCUGUUGGUUGUCCAGUUUCCAAACAAGGCAAUGAGUUUUGCGAAGAUCCAGAGUGGUUAAGGGUUGAUAAGACAGAGCCAUGGUGGCGAGCAACGAAUAAAGACGAAUUGGCCUCAUUGGUCACGAAGAAGUCACAUAACCAUAUUGAGAAUUGUGAUCUUCCCCCACCACAGAAAAUGUAUGUUAGGAGACACCCAUAUGCUCAUAUUGGGUGCUUUGACGACGAUGAUGCAUUGGCGUCAUCUUUUGAUCAGAAGGCCCAAAGUGGUGGUAUUUCCAAUAGGACUCAUGCACAGGGUUGUCAUGUUUCUGAGAAAACACAUGGAGACCAGGGGGCUUCAUGUGAAGAAGGGUGUUCACAAUAUGGUUCUGAGAAGUCAUUCAGUUCUAGAACAAACAGCAAGGAUAUGACAGGGAUGCCGCAAGUCUCUGAAGGUGGCAGUAGCAAAGCUCAGCUGAUGGAAGCACUCCGCCAUUGUCAAACUCGUGCAAGGGAAGCCGAGAAGACAGCAAAGCAGGUUUACGCUGAGAAGGAGCACAUUCUUAAACUCUUCUUCAGACAAACCGCACAAAUUUUUGCCUAUAAGAAGUGCUUCCAACUUCUGCAGCUAGAAACCCUUUAUAUCCGGAUUAAGAAUAAUGAGAAGUCAAUUUCCACUCUCAUCCCUGUGGUCCUUCCAUGGAUGCUGUACAAAGGUCGAAAACAGCGGAAGAGCUGGCACAAGGCUACCGGGGGGAAAAGAGUAAAGCGAGGACGACCGAGACAUGAAAUCGCUAAAUUUGCUGUUGCUUUUUCAUUGGGAUUGAGUCUUGUUGGAGCUGGCUUGCUCGUGGGAUGGACUGUAGGAUAUAGUGUACAUAGGUGGCAAAACCCUGCAUCUUGUGGAAGAUUGAUUUACCGGGGGAAGUAGCUGCUAUGAUUUUGUAUUCUAUGCAUGUAUUCACUUUGAUUCUUAGAAGGGGAAAUGUUCUACGCCACAGCACUCACAAA